CUUGUCUAUUCUAGCUUUAACUGGUAGGCAACGAAAAGAGUGAAGAAGUGGAGGAACAAGCUCACAAUUUUGAAUGCGGAAAACGAUCGAGCAGCUGAGUUGUGGACUUUAUGAAGUUUAUCAGUGAGGUGCUGUGAACAGUCACCAAGAAGAAAGUUGCAGUAGUCUAGUUUAGACAGAACAAAUGAGCAGAUUAGAAUUUUGAUGGUUGAGAUUGUGAUCAGAGUAUGGUGAAUGGAGCUGAUCUUCCGAAAUACAAAGCAUGCAGCACGACAGAUGUGAGAAAUAUGCUCAUCAAGAGACAUGUCAGCAGACAUUAUGUAACCUAAGUUAUGUGUUAAAGUAAAAAAAAGUAUCAUCAGCAUCGCCUCCCCGAACAGAGGCAGGCAAUGAAGGGUAAACGCUGACUGAUCUCUUUGGGAAAAAAAAGCUUCUGGGGUUGUUUUUUUGGGGUUUUUUUUUUUUUUCGUCAUUUAAUUUUAAGUUAUUGUGGGUCAUCCAUAGUCUAAUAUCAGAAAUACAGUGUGGAUUUGAUUUCAGCUACUACCGCCACACAAAAAUAUAGAUGCAUCACUGCACUCUGCAUUAUUUCUAGAUGCAUUGAACGAGAGGAGUGAAAAUCGGUGUCUUAUUUGCUUGCAAGAAUAGAAAACUGUUCCCAUACUGUGGUUAUGUCACACUAUGGAGGAAAAAGGGGAAGCAUAUACUGCAUACAAAAAUACAGGGUACUCCUAGAUAACAUUGCCGUGUCCGAGACGAGCUCGAUCAGAACAUCUCUUGUAACCCAUGGUAUCGAUGGCAAGGAUUGUAUUACUAUAUGCUACCGGACGAGCCAGUGAGGGUCGAGCCCACUCACCGCCUCCGCCGUCUGCUCAAGGACAUCGUAAAAAAAACUAUAGCUUCGUCUUCAUCUAUAGUCCUACAAAACAACAGGAUUUGCUUUAAGCGACAUCACUGUCGCAUGAUCGAGUAAUGUGGCGUACUUGUGCAGGUCUGCGCGGGGAUUCACGCACAGCGACUCAUUCCCACAAGCUCGAUCAGUGUUACAGGCUCGACGUAACUGGUUGCAGCGUAUCCGGAUACGCUGCGUCGGACGAACGAACUGCAGGAGGGGAUUUACCGUCUUGUUUUUCUCACGUGGGCAGAUACACUCUCGACAGUGAAAUUUACUUAUUUCUGCGUUAAAAUUCUUCGUCAUACCUCCGCAAUCGACAAGAAACCUGCAAGAGUACGGCCGUCACCUAUAGCUGCGUCGUCUGCUUUACUCCACAUGAGUUCUGGCGCUGUGUACGAUUUUAUCAGUGUUUGUGGUCGAACCAAAGAGGAAUUACCCUCAAAUCCACUCGUCGGGGAGAUCACAGAGCUGGGUGAGACAAGAUCGAGACGUGCAUUCUACCUACUUGUACUUGAAAGAUCAUUUCCCAUUUCAAGAACUGUGGCAGUGCUGUCCCAAGCCAUGGCUGAAGCAGAACUUGAAGAUUAUACUAGGUCUUUAAUGACUGAUGUCCCAAAGGAGGUGGAAGAUUGGGUUUUCAAUUCACCUUGCAUCAAAAUUCGAAAGACCACCACUGCAAGAAUUCAAGCAUCUUCUUCCCUUAAUCACACAUCACCAUUACUAAUGCAGCCAGCACCUCAGCAGCAUUCACCAUCAUCUUUACCAGCAAUGCAGAUGCAGAGACCUGUUCUUUUUCUUUCGCUUCCUCAGCCUACACUGAUGCAAGUGCAAAGAUCACAGCCCUCACCUUCUGCACUGCCAUGAUUCAUAACUUGAGAAAUAGAGUUUCUCUAAGCCCCUUACUCCCAGCAUUCCCACACUUGUACAUAGUUGUAUUCGAAGCUUCCCAGUGCAUAGGAGAGGAAGUGAAUUUUGUAAAAUGGGCAAUUCUAUUGUUGUUCCAAUGUACUUACCAUGUAACCCAAAAAGGUCAGUUACAGUAUCCAAGUAUAGCAAAUAUUAAAGGCUAACAUAUGCCAGACUCUAAAGUAGGAUCAAAGUUCUAGCAAGUUAAAUGAAUAUUUUAAUGCCAAUGCCCAGGUUUUGUGGUAAUCAUGCUGAGAAGCAUAAUCACCACAAAACUUAGUAUCACUGACAGGAAGACUUAUGUCAUUCUGGGAAAUCAGCAGAAGAUGCUGCCUGCAUAGCAACAGCAAGGCAGCUUAGUGAGAGGUACUCUAUGGUCAGAUACCCUGAAUAUCUGAAUACCAAUAGAGAUAUCAUUAGCAGCUGAAGCUGUCACUAUACAAGGCAGCAUCUUCUGCUGGUUUCCCAGCAUUCUGCAGUGAGAAUAGAAAGUCUUGGCAGAUCAUGUACUAUGGUGCUAUUGUCUAAGAUGACCAUGCUGCAAAAGAUUAACACACGUUCUUUGGAAUGAAGUGUCUUGGCUUUGUUGAUUACUAUACAUCAGUAUUUCCAAGUGUGAUUACAGGCUAACUCAAGUACUAAAGUUUUUUCCUCAUAUGACUGGCUUUUGUUUAUAACUAGACACUAAAACUCAAAAUAUGAGCAAGUAAUUAUUAUGUUUGUCAGCUAAGACUGUGUACAUAGCAGUUGAGAUCAAGAUCUCAUUUCCUUCCAAAUAACGAAACGGUGUGCUGCUGUGGCAAUGCCUAAUCAGCAUAUUGAAGAUCUCACAAUGGCUAUGAUCCAUGUCAGAAAUAUGAAUUUAGAUAAAUCCAUGUGGUUCCCCAAAAAGUACAGUCUGGAGCCAAACUAGUAAGUGCUUUGUUCUAUUUAUGUCAGCAGGCUCAUUUCAUGUUGAUGCUGACCUUUAGAAAGUAUGUGUAAAUAAUAGCCAUAAAAUCUGUUUUACUUGAUUUUGUAUUCACAAGAGCUAGAGGAACAUAGUAUUCAAUUGCUUAGUAUAACUUUCCACCAAGACUUGAUUACAUGCAGAUCUAGCAAAUAAUGUUGCCUUAAUUUAAAGAUAUUAUUAAAUUAAUUUUUUUCUAAUAAAGUUGCUUAAAUAUUUUCUUUUUUGUUGAUAGUAGUAUUUAGACAUGCACAUAUACUCUCUUAUCAACUUAAUUUUGUCAACAUAGUUUUAGAUAUUAUUUUUUAUGUUUUUGGUGUAUAUAAUUGCUCUAUUUACUUGGAACAUGUCUACAUAUUUUUGGUGCAGAUAUACAUUUAGGCCUGAUUUUGUAAAGAUGCAUGUACUAUAUGUCACAUUGUAUAUGAUGUAUAAAUUUUUCAUAAAUUUUAGAAAAGAGCGAGUCAAAAAAAAAAAAAA